AUGGGAAAUGCAAAUUAUAUGUUAUUGAAAGGUUUCAUAAGUGUAUUACAACGUAUAGCCCAUUUUUCCGAUACAAAUGGUAUGACACCAUUUAAUUUGGGUUUAUGUGUUAGUAAUAGUCUGUUCAAAACGGAAACAACAACAAUCACGAGUGGAAAACAAGACGCCGAUGUCAUGUCAUCAAUUGUUGAAUUUCUAAUACAUAAUUGUACUAUUUUAUUUGGUAAUGAUAUUCUAACAUGUAUCCAAGAUAAAUUAAUUAUUAUUAAUCAACAACGAAAUAAUCAUAAUGAAGAAAAUUUAUCAAAUCAACUUCCUCCAACGGCAUCAUCGAUCGAAAGUUUAGAUGAAGUUGAAUCAUCUCCAUAUUUACCUGUUGUAAAUCGUUCACGCGAUUCCGGUCUGGCAGCUAGUGAUCAACCGUUCAAUGAUGACAGUAGUGAAAUAUCUGAAUAUAUUUUAAGAACAAAUCCGUUAUCAAAUAGUCGUACAACACGUUACGAUACAUUUCGACGAAUGAAAAAUUUUAAUGAAUCAAAACAUCAUCAGCCAUCAAUACCUAUUACUAAUGAAUUUCAUUCUAAUGAUUCAAAAUUAUUAAAAAAAGAUAUUAGUCUAUUGAGUUCGAAUAAAAAGAGUGAAACUAUUGAUUUAUUAUUAUCCAAUAACAAUAAUGAUAAACCCAAUUGGGCUCAAUGUGUAGAAUGUGGUAACGGAUGUGUUUUAAAUAGUUUGAACAUUAUAAUGAAUAAUAAUAGUAAUACGAACAAUUCAAAAGUGGAUGUUAUUCGACGUCGUAGUUCAAAAUCAAAAUAUUCUUAUAAACCAUCGAAUAAAUUUUUAGAACGUGAAAAAUUAACAAAAAUAAAUAUGAGUACAUCAGAUGAGUCUGAUAAUAACAAUAAUACGGCAACAACGACGACUACAACAACAACCACAUUAAAUCCCAAUGAAUCAUUGUGUAGUACACGUUCAUCAAGCACAUCAAAAUUAAAACGUUCAAAAUCAUUAUCAAGAAAUUCUUCGAUAGGUAGUGUCGAACAUCAAUUACAACAACAAAAUAAAAAAACAAAUACAACUACGAAUAUAAAUGACGUGAAACGUACGUCAUCAUUGAAACAUUUUUAUCAUCACCGUUCACUCAGUAGUGAUGAUGCUGAUGAAGACGACAAUAAUGAUGAUAUUUCAGCUCAAAAGAAAUUAAUAAAACAAUAUAAUAUUGAUGAUUUAUCAAGAACAUUAAUUAAACAACAUGUAACAACAACAAGCGAUCGUCAUGCACGUCUAAAAAUAUCACAAAUGGGUGCUAUUAGUAUAGAAAGUGAUCAAGAUGAUGAAAAGUCUUUACAAACUAGGCCAACAUAUAAAGAACAAAAAACAAAAAUGUUGGACAGGCCAGAAACGAAGUAUCAACAGCAACCAUCCUCAUUUCAACCACAAAAUAAUUAUUUGAAAACUAUUCCAAAGCCUACAGAUCAAGACCCAUCUUCAUCAUCAGAAAUAAAUCUUGACUUGACUAGUGUACCAUUAGUAUCAUUAAAUAAUUCUUCAAAAUCGCCAUCAUCAUUACAAAUAUUGUCUCAAGUAUUCGAUAAUAAAAAACAACAAUCAAAACAAAUAACACCAAUACGUUCAGCAUCAUUUACAUUAAAUAAAUCGGAUCAAAAUAACACAUCACCUAUAAUGACAGUGACAACAGCCACAGAAUCAAUAAAUAAUCAACCAUAUUAUGGAGAAUCAAAAUCAGAUGUAACGGAUUCAAAUGAACGUUCAAAUUUAUUUAAUACUCGUCCAUUGAAUCACAAUAACGAUGGUCGUUCACGUCAUUGUGGUCCAUUAAUAACAACAAAUCAAGUUUACGUAAUGACAACAAAUAAAAAUACGUUGCAACCAUCUUCGUCGUCAACGAACUCAUCCACAUUUAUGACAACAUCCCCAUCCCAUUCAUCACCUUAUGAAACUGUUACAUCACCUUCAACAUCUCAUAAACUUCUUUCACAUUCACAACCAGCUAAUUAUUUUAGUCGACUACCUCAACAACAACGACCGAAUCGUCCAAUACUAGAUCUUACCUCAUCAAUGAAAUCUUUAUCAUUCGAUUCAGCUACGAAUACUAAUAGCGAUAAUCUUUCUUCCCGUACAUUCGUUCAUUGCAAACCAUCAUCAUCGUCAACUUCUUCGCAUUUACGUCAAUUACCUGUGUCAACAUCUUCAUUUCAACCGGUUGUAAAACAUCAACAACCACAAAAUAACAAACAUUCAUCAAUGUAUAUCGUAACAGUUAAUCAAAGAGAAAAUAAUAAUCGGCAAUCAUCAUCACAAAUUGUUCUUAAUACAUCUGCUCAUGCCAAACCAUUAGAUCAAACUUCGACAAAUUUAUUGUAUAAUGAAGAGAAUACACAAACUCCAUCUUGUUUUACGCCGAAAAGACAUCCAUGUCAUAGACAAAAUGCAGUACGUUAUAAAUCAUUCGAUAAUCAAAAUCAAAAUAUUGAACAUUCUUCUCGUUCUCCUACGCCACGUCAAAAUGAAAGUGGUUCUGAGGUAAAGAGAUUAUCACGUUCUUCUACUCGAAUAAGUGAUCAAUUACCAUCAUCAUUAUCAUCCACAACAACAUCAUUCACUACAACCCCAAAUCGAAUUUAUUCUAGUGAUCAUGAUUAUUCAUAUAUUUCACGCUAUCAGUCUAUUGAACGACGAGCAAAACAUUCGCCAUCGUUUGAUAUUAACAAUGAAUUAAGAGAAAUAUCAUGGAAUGUUAAAGAAAAAGCAAAAUUAUUUGAAAAACUACAACCACAUUCUCAAACAUCGAAAACUCAACAACGACAAAAUAUUUUAACAGGAAGAGAAAAUUAUGUGUAA